ACCAGGAGGAGCGUGUUCUUUGCGUUGACCAUUUUGAAGAAUGGUGGGAAAAAGAAAAGUGGAGGCGGGCGAAAAUGACCGAGAUGCUAAAGAAGGUGGGAAGAGAAAAAGGUUGUUUGAAUGUACUCGGCCUGCCGGGAAAGAGCUGCCUGAGCUUGGAAAAGAAGAGAUGACUGGAAACUCCUGAUGAGAUGAGGUGGGUGAGUGAGAGCCAGAUUCCAACCUCAUAGAGUCUCAGUCGGACGAUGGACUUAUAUAUUGGAUCGACAAAUGAUCAGCCCGAGGCAGCAGCCAGCCAAGACAGCAUUCGGCCAAGACAGCAGUCACCCAAGACUAGACAGGGGAAAGACAGCCGCACGGGUGCUGGGCAUCAUGUUUGGGAUGCCGCUGUCGACGGGUUCUGGCCCGUUGUCCAUCAUCCGUCAUCCGUCAUCCAUGGCCGGCGCCCAGCGUCCGGCUUCCAAGGCUCGCGACACCUAG